GUGAUUCAAAAAGGUUAAUUGAAAAUGGGUUCGAUCGUGUUGAAAAGUUUAUCAAUUCUGUUAGGAAUCUUCUUUAUUUUUGUUGGUACGACAAAGCUGACCCCGGUGAUUUCAAAAGAAUUACAUAAAGAUUUGAGAAAAGAAUAUGUGAGAUACGCUAAAGUUUUCCCAUUAACUGAGAUGUUAGACUUUAAAGUACCAUCAAAAUGGUACAGAAGAACGGUCGGCGGACUUGAGAUAUUCUUCGGAUUAUGUUUAGCCCUCAUACCCAGUCAUAAAAUAAAGAAUGCUGCCAAUAUCGGACUAGUGCUGCUGAUGAUGCUGGCUGCUUACUCGCACGUGAUGGUGGGGGACCCCUUCGACCGCUGCGCACCCGCUCUCGUCUUCUUCUUCAUGCUCAGUGGUCGGCUUGUCGUUUGGUAUCAGACCAGUCGACGCGAAGCCCUGGAGAAAGCCGCGACCGCACAAAACGGCAACGGUCUCAAACGUGACUGAGAUUUGUGCAAAAUAUAAGAUUACACUUAAUAAUCUACAUAGGUUUUUUAUAAUUAUAGCACUGCUAUCUAGUCAUUCGAGCACAAAAUAUUUAUCGUUAGAUUUGUUGUUUUUGUUAUUAUAAUUAUACCCUACUGUGAUUUAACUAGUCAUCUCACAAUAGUUUGUGAUUUAUUUGCACUGCUUGUUAGGAUACCGCAGUUAUGUGCAGACCACUUAAGUACAGUCGGGGAAUUUGGCGGUGUUCCACCUUAAAAGCUACAGCUUGAACGUUUUGUACCCAUUGAAUCGACGACUUGGAAAAAUAACCAAUAAGAUGCACCUUCUAAAUGUGUCUGUACGAAAAAAGCUCGGUAAGUACACAGCUUUUUGUUAUCAUGACACCGUUAGUUACUGCCACCUUAAUAGUUAUUUUUUUGGAAGCUGAGUUUGUCAAGUUGCGAGGAACAAGGUAAUUAUUCUGUAAACGGGACACCGCGCAUUUCCGCAACUGUACCAACUAUAUUGUGUUACCAAUGUUUCUAUACGUUUACACAUAUACGUGCGUAUUGUAGUUUUAAAGUGAUAUUUAGGCAGUAAGCGGUACUUAUUCGUAUAUUGUAUGUGCGUUGUAUACGUGAUCGUGUGCCAUAGAAUACGUAGAUAAUACAUUUUUUGCACAUUAAAUCGCGAUAAAUGUAACUCGAUUCACUAUAAAACUGCUCAAUUAACAAAACAUGUAAUUAAAUUGUAAUUGUGUGUAUUGAUAGUAAAUUCCUUGUAAUACUGAAGCUAUUUGUAGGUACUUUUAAAUAUCAAAAUAAACAACACAUUUUAUCUCUAAGAAUUUCCAAUAGAAUAAAUGUUUUGAUACUUCUUUGUUGAUCUACCUUCAGUAGUAAUCAGAACUUUACUUAGUAAGUGGUGGCAAUAUUGUAGCAACCUAAAAUUAAAAGUAGGCAUAAGAUUAGCAUUGUAUUUGUGUUUUUUUUUAUAACAAAAGGUGGCAAACAAGCA